GACGGAGGCUGAGACGGCGGCCUCGUCGAGUCUGGGUCCGGGGUCGGGGUCUGGGGCGGCGGCGGGCGCGGCCAUGCUGCAGCUGCGGGACUCGGUGGACUCGGCUGGCACGAGCCCCACGGCGCUGCUGGCGGCCGGCGAGGAGGUCGGGGCGGGCGGCGGCGGCGCGGGCGGGGGGCGGCCGGGGGUGGGCACUCCGCUGCGCCAGACGCUGUUUCCGCUCAGCAUCCACGACCCCACGCGCCGCGCCCGCGUCAAGGAGUACUUCGUGUUCCGGCCUGGCACCAUCGAGCAGGCGGUGGAGGAGAUCAGCGUGGUGGUCCGGCCGGUAGAGGACGGCGACAUCCAGGGCGUGUGGCUGCUGACCGAGAUUGAUCACUGGAACAACGAGAAGGAGCGGCUGGUGCUCAUCACAGACCAGGCGCUGCUCAUCUGCAAGUACGACUUCAUCAACCUUCAGUGCCAGCAGGUGAUCAGGGUCUCCUUGAACGCGGUGGACACCAUCUCCUGCGGAGAGUUCCAGUUUCCGCAGAAAUCGCUCAACAAGCGAGAAGGUUUUGGGAUCCGCAUUCAGUGGGACAGACAGAGCCGCCCUUCCUUCAUGAACAGGUGGAACCCAUGGUCCACCAGCAUGCCCUAUGCCACGUUCACAGAGCACCCCAUGGCCGGUGCGGACGAGAAGACGGCAGCUCUGUGCCAGUUGGAAGGUUUCAAAGCUCUGCUAAUCCAGGCUGUCAAGAAAGCCCAAAAAGAGAAUCCUUUGCCAGGACAAGCCAACGGCGUGCUGGUCUUGGAUCGUCCCCUCCUCAUUGAGACCUACGUGGGACUCAUGUCCUUCAUUAACAAUGAGGCUAAACUGGGCUAUUCCAUGACCAGAGGCAAAAUAGGCUUCUAGGUGGCGCCCACAGGUGGACUUGGGGACGUGGGGCCUCAGACCUCUGGCCAGCACCGCUGGGCUGGCAGAGUCAGGCCGUUAACUUUAGGCAUCUGAGCGUGAUUAGAAUAGUCGAAUGCAUUCUCUGCUUCCACUGGAUUUCGGUGUCUGGUAACAGAAGGUGCAGACAAAAGCAGGGUGAAUCCAGUGGUCCCUCUCGGGGCUGGUGUUCCGUCUUCUAGCACGGGUGUCCGUGUUUCUCCCGGAGUGUCUCCAUUUGGCUUCUCGUGGCCCUUCCCAGCGCAGCCUUCCAUCAUGUGAAUAAACGUGCGCCCCACGAGGGCCUCCACUGGCACUCCUGCGUGGCUGGGUCCCCCGGGGAGGCCCCAAACCCCAGGGUCCGGAGCGGCAAAUACGUUUAUACUUGGUGUCAAAUUUUGUAUGUUGAAAUGUGAUCCAUCUUUUCAGAGCUGAGUGCAAACCAGGCUGCCGACUGGGGAAGUGAACGGGAGAUGCUGCCUUGGCGGCUCCCAAACGAACAGUUGCUUUUGUGCAAACACGUCUUUGACCUAAAGUCAUGCUUUUUUUAAGUUAUAUUGUGUCCAGAUUUAUGGCAUCUUUCCCAGGCCCCAGAGUUCGCAGGAAAUUAUUUCUAGGCAGUUCAUUAAUAGGAGACUCACUUUGGCAGUUCUUGGACAACUACACGUACUUGACUGUGCCUCGUGCUCUCAGUUGAGCUGGGGCUUGCUCAGGCUGCUUCCCGAGUCUCAGCCUUUUAAACAGGAACCGUGUUCGAUUCCCACACACUGCUGACACCCAGCGUGGUUACCGUGGCGCCCGUGCAAGUACCGGGCUUCCUGGUGUCGCCCUGAACGCGCCUGAGCCUGGCCCGCGGAGCGUGUCCACGUGCGAACCGCGGCCCCUGCUCACGCACCCCCUCAUCCUCAGCUUGCUGGCUUGUUCGCGACAUUGCGGGCCGGCUCACCGGUCCUCACAGACGCCUCUGGUGUCGCUGUGGCCACGCACGUGAGACCCGUAUGGAGGCUGCCUCCUGACCACCAGGGUCCUGAGCCAUUGCUUUUGGUCUUAGAGUAAAGACAUUUACAAUCGAGUGGACAUUACAUUGUUCCUUCUUUGAAAUCAUUAUUAAAACUCCCAACCAAGAGA